UUAUGAUAUAGUAUUACUUAAAAAGGUCUAAACGUUUUAGCAGCGAAUCUAACUUGCCAAGUCAGAGUGUCGAACACAAAACUCAACCGAUGCUGUCAAGCUAAUGAAAAAAUUAUGAAAUGCUGUCAGGUGUUGAACUGUUAAAUACUCUUUCUGUAAGCACAUUCGAUUUAAAAUAUGUGCUUGCUUGUAAUAAAGGUAUUGAUGUAAAGAGGAUCCACAGCCUACAACACAAGACCCGUACAAUACUGUGUCAGAUUCUUUUUCUUUUUCCUGCCCAACUAAAGCCUCCUCUCUCUCCCUCUCUCUUGUCCUGUCCCCAUCGUAUAUUUCAGCAGCCCAACUCACUCCCUCAUUUUCCUGGUACUAAGAACUCGUUUACAACCCACCUGAAGAAUGGGUUGCUGUCUAAGCACAACCGUCACUGCCACCCCCGCCGAGCCCCCGGAUCACGAUGCCGUCGCUACUCAAAACUUCCCGGAGAAAGAAGUAGUUGACCAAGAAGAGACAGUGAAAGAAGUACUCUCCGAAACACAAACACCCUCCACUUCUUUAGCUAAAAUAGGUAACACAACUCAUGAAAACAAUAGUGAUGGCGUGAAAAAACCUGUCGAGGAAGAACCAGAGACGAGUUUCGUAUCCGAAAUGUACAGCAUCAGUGGCAGCUUUUCUGCAACUACGAUCCAUGAUGGCGACGAAGCUGGUGAAGUUAAUCAAAGAAUAGUCCAUCUCUCUCCAGCUAAGAAGCGUUCUAGUUGUGUCGUAAACGCGAGAGCCAAACGUGGAGGACUCAGAUCCCUGGAGCCAUCUAAUCCUCGCGUAAUCACUAAAGGCUAUAAAUCUCCAGGGCCUUCGAGUGAGGUACUAAAGUCUAGGCCGGCUCGAGGAAGAACAGCUUGUUCUACGCUCCCGCGACGCAAUGUAGGUUUAGUCGAGGGGUCGGGCCGAAGAUCAGUGGCAUCAAGUUCAGCAGCUAGUCAAGUGAUCAGAAGCCGAAGACCAGCAGUUUCUUCGAGUGUGAGUGGUGUGACCGGAUGUCCCGGUGGGCGGUCACAGGUAAGAAAGUUGGAAGAGAGUCAAGGAGCAGAGGAUCAUGAGGGAGCCUUUUCGAGAGAAUCACUUGAUAAUCCUCGUGUCUCACUUGAAUGCUUUAUUUUCUUGUAAGACCAUCUUCAACUCAUAACACCAUUUUGGUGUGAAAAAUACGUCAAUUUGGUGUGAAAACUACACCAAAUCAAAAUUUCACUCCAACCCAUCAACACCAUAUCCUACACCAAAAAGAAUCUUUUGCACAUUAAAUGGAAUAUUCUCUCUUUUUAAGUUAUUUAUAUCAUUAUUGAAUUUGUACUUAAAUUUUAAC